AUGAUCUCAGCUUUACAAAGUCUCAAAUAUCCAAACAUCCUCUCCUUCGCCAUGGCGAUCCUCCUAUCCGUUUCCAUAACCAUUGCCUCUUUUCUGCCUUUACUUGUACUCGGUUCCCCAGUGCCGGUACCUCAGGCCUAUACCCCAGAGCCUUAUAGCUACCCCGAACCGGAACCUUGCCAUGGAAACUGCUCUUGGGUUCAUGAUCCAAGUAUUUUCUACGAAGACGGUGUGUACUGGCGUUUUGUGACCAGUGGAAAUAUUGGGGUUUCCGUUGCACAAUCUUUAAAUGGACCAUGGGAAUACAGGGGUGCGUUGUUGCAUGAGGGGACGAAGAUUCAAUUGCGGGACGAUCAAGAUAUCUGGGCGCCCUCGAUCUCCAAAAGAGACGACACUUACUACGCUCACUACUCAGUCUCUUUCUUUGGCUCCCAAAACUCCGAAAUUGGAGUCGCAAGCUCAACCUCCCUCAAGCCAGGUACUUGGACAGAUCACGGCAGCAUGCAACUCCCUCUAUCUACUGCAUACAACCUCAUCGACCCAUAUGUCUUCCGAGACGGCGAGGAUUCUGAUGCCCCGACAUACUUUACGUGGGGUAGCUACUGGUCUGGCAUCCAACAGAUCGAACUUGCCCAUCACAGCGAACUGCUGGCUUGGGCGGGCAACGAAGCGGACAUAGUGAACAUCAUCUCUAACACGACCUCCUCACCUUCUGUCGUCGAAGGUGCCAUUCAAUGGAAGAAAGACAAAUGGUAUUAUAUCUUCUUCUCUGUCGGGCAGUGUUGUCGGACGGAGAAGGAGCUCGCGCUUCCAGGAGAUGAAUACCACGUUGUGGUGUGCCGCUCUAAUGCCGCUACUGGCCCUUACUUCGAUCGAAAUGCGAAGGACUGCACGAAGGACAAUGGUGGUACGACGAUUCUGGCGAGCCAUGGGGACAUAUAUGCGCCUGGGGGGCAGGGCAUCUUGGUUCAUCCGGACAAUGGAAAGACAGUCAUGUACUACCACUAUGGUAAGGUAAAUUCUGGUCAAUUAUGA